AGAUGUGGAUUGAGUGUCAGGAUGGAAUAACCAACAUCUAUGUCUAAACUCGAUGGACCUGAAGCUGAAGCCACCAACUGUCUGAAGGACUGGAGGACUCUGAGGAGGAAGUGCUUAUUCAGGAGGCUGAGCUCUCCCUGCAGCGAUUAGCUGGUGGAUUGAAGGAACUGGUCACCAUGAAGACCGACCUGUCCCAGUAUGUCGUGGCCAGUGACUCGGCUCUGCUGGAGCAGCAGCUGGAGCAACUACACAGUCAAUGGGAAGAGCUGUGUAUGAAGGUAUCCUUGCACAGGCAAGAAAUUGCAGAUCGUCUCAAUGCCUGGACCAUUUUCAAUGACAAGAACAAGGAGUUCUGUGAUUGGCUGACUCAGAUGGAGAACAAGGUGUGCCAUAGUGGAGAUCUGAGCAUCGAGGAAAUGGUGGAGAAACUGAAGAAGGACUGCAUGGAGGAGAUCAACUUGUUCAGUGAGAACAAGAGCCACUUGAAGCAGCUGGGAGAGCAGCUGCUGUUAGCCAGUGACGAGGCCAAACAGAGCCAGGUCCAUGGCUCACUGCAGGAGGUCAACCAGCGCUGGCAUAACCUCUUCCACCACAUCGAAGCCAGGGUGAAGAAGCUGAAGGAGACUCUGGUGACAGUGCAGCAGCUGGAUAAGACCAUGAGUAAUCUGCGCUCGUGGCUUUCUCGCAUCGAGGCCGAACUGUCCAGACCCAUCACCUACAGCGUCUGCCAUGAACAGGAGAUCCAGAGGAGGCUGGCUGAGCAGCAGGAGCUACAGAGAGACAUUGAACAGCACACUGAGGGUGUAGCAUCAGUGCUCAGUCUGUGCGAUGUUCUGCUGCGGGAUGAAGAUGCUGCUGGCGGCACUGAGGCGGAGAGUGACUCCCUGCAAGAAACCAGUCGCAGCUUGGACCAGCGCUGGAGGACCAUCUGUGCUAUGGCUCUGGACAGGAGGCUCAGGAUUGAGGAGACAUGGACACUGUGGUGCAAGUUCCUCAGUGACUACUCCCGAUUUGAGGACUGGCUCAAGAUGGCUGAGAGAACUGCUGCUAACCCCAACUCUGCAGAUGUCCUUUUUACUGUCGCUAAGGAGGAGCUCAAGAAGUUUGAGGGUUUCCAAAGGCAGGUUCAUGAGCGGCUGACCCAGCUUGAACUGGUGAACAAUCAGUACCGCCGCCUGGCCCGGGAGAACCGCACAGACAGAGCCAGCCAGCUCAAAGCCAUGGUCCAUGAAGGCAACCGACGGUGGGACACUUUACACCGAAGAGUGGCUGCCAUCCUCCGCAGGCUCAAGUAUUUUACCAACCAGCGGGAGGAAUUUGAAGGCACCAGGGAAAGCAUGCUGCUUUGGCUGACUGAGCUGGAUCUGCAACUCACCAAUGUUGAACACUUUUCAGAGAGCAAUGUCCAUCACAAGAUACAGCAGCUCAGUAGUUUUCAGAAGGAGAUCACCCUGAACACUGAGCGCAUUGAUGGACUAAUCGUGUUCGGAGAGAGUCUGAUCCAGAGGAGUUCACCGCAGGAUGCAGUGCUGAUAGAGGAUGAGCUGGAGGAGCUGCACUCCUACUGCCAGGAGGUUUUCAGCCGACUGGUCCGCUUCCACCAGCGUCUCAGCCAUCCUCAUAUCGGAGAAGAACCAGAGUUCUCUGCUUCCACCUUUUCCCUGGAGUCCAGCUUGGAGCUGAUUGGCCGGCCGUGGCUCGGGCGUAACCUUGGCAGCCUCCCGGCGACACCCACCCACCUGCUGACCUCACCCUUGGAGCUUUCAGGGAGGGAAACACCAGUGAGUGUUGACUCCCUGCCUUUGGAGUGGGACCACACCGGAGAUGUGGGAGGGUCAUCAUCGCAUGAGGAUGAUGAAGAAGAGGAAGGAGAUGAUGAAGAAGGAUCCUAUUUCAGUGCACUGUCAGUUUCAAGCAGGUCUAUGGCUGUACAUGAGCCUCCAGGAUGGCGACCAUCAGGAAACACAGAAACUCAACUUGACACAGAGGGGCACCCUGAGACACCCACCCUUACCAGCACCCCUCAAAAACAGAACUAUCUGCGUCUCAUGUCUCAGUGCAGCGGCAGCAUCGAGAAUAUUAAGAGAGUCUCGCUGAUCCUGGAUGACGAGGAGCAGCCGGAGGAGUUUGGUCUGACGGGACUGACUGUCUUCGACAAUCAGUCAGGUGUGAUUGAACGCUGGGAGCUGCUCCAGGCUCAGUCCAGAUGUAAUCAGCAGGUUGAUCCUCAGGAGCCUCAACCACCCAUAUCAGAUCUGGAUGACAUCACUUCCUGGUUAGAAAACAUGAUCCUGGAGCUGAAGCACAUCAAGCACUCCGACCCAGGAGCCAGUAUUGAGGACAUGGAGGCCAGAGCCAAAGAACUAAAGGAGAUGCAGAAAAUGUUUGCUCACUACAAGUCUAUCAUGCUGUCUGUCAACCUGCGGGCUGAGGAAGCUCCAAAGCUGCAGGACAGACUGAUACGUAUGAACAGAGACUGGAGCAGAGUGUGUACAGGCCUCCAGCAGUGGGACAGCAGUCUCAGGAAGACGCUGAUGCGCUGCCAGGAGUUUCAUGAAACCCUGCACUCUCUGCUGCUGUGGCUGGCUCAUGCAGAGAGCAGACGCUAUGCAGUGGACAUCAGCCAGCCAGACAUACCUGUCAGAGCCCUGCAACAACACAGCAGCACACUUACCGAUCUGCGGGAGGAGCUGCGAGGCAGGCAGGCCCAACAGGCCUCUCUUCAGGCUUUGUGGUCUCAGCUCCAGCCUGAAGAUGGGGCAGAAGAGAGCGACGAGGCCCAGGAGAAGCUCCACGUGACAGGCAGCAAGUUGAAAUUGCUUCUGAGGCAGGUGGACCAGGACCUCAGUACCCUGCAACAGCGUCUGGAUUGUGAAUCUGCAUCAGCUGUUGAAGCCCAAAAUGCAUCAUCAGACACAUCUCAGGAGUCGGUACAUUCAAAGAAAAGUUCCUCCUCUCAAAGAGAAGUAAGGGACUCUGCUCGACCUCGAUCCUUCUUCUACCGAGUUCUUCGUGCCGCCUUCCCCCUUCAGCUCCUCUUGCUGCUCCUGGUGCUCCUCCCCUGUCUGAUCCCCAUGUCAGAGAGCGACCCCAGCUGCACUGUAGCCAACAACUUUGCCCGCUCCUUCUACCCCAUGCUACACUAUACCAACGGCCCACCACCCACCUGAUUCAGCUACAUGGAAAAACGACAUUUUCUAAAAAAUACACAGAGAAACACAUGGCACCUUUCUGUCACAGUGAAGCACGUACUGACGUAUCAAAUUGAUAUUAUCAUUAAAAAUGUUUAUUUAAGUGUCUAUUUGUAAAUUUUUGACCUUACAGAUUAGUGUAUGCAUUUCAUGAAAAAAAUCACACAUUUGACUAACUUUCAGACAGUACAGACAACCAUCCAUCCAUCCACUAUCUAUACACCGCUUAAUCCUCAUUAGGAUAUCAGGGUUCUGGACUCUGUCCCAGCUGACUUAAGGUAAAGACAGGGGACACCCUGGACAAGUCACCAGUCUGUCACAGGGCUACACAGAGAGACAAACGAUCCCACUCACAUUCACAGCCAUAGACAAUUUAGAAUCACCAAUUCACCUCAGCAUGUUGGACUGCAGGAGGAAGCUGGAGUACCCGGAAAAACCCACGCAUGCACAAGAAGAACAUGCAAACUCCAUGCAGAAAGAUCCCAGGCUCAGGCCGGGACGCAAACCAGGGAUCUUCCAGCUGCAAGGCGAGAGUGCUAUCCACUGAACUACUGUGCAGCCCUUAAGUGAACCAAAAGGUAAAUAUUUUCAAUUAGUAUUGUAAAGAUCUUGACACCAUCCAAGACAUCAUUCAACAAGAUACCAGCCACAGCACACUGAGGAAUCACAGAUGAGGUCUGGCAGAGGGGUAAAGCAUCCCAUACUUUAGCAGCAGCAUGAAGAUGUAGAAUAACCAGUAAAUUAGUUCCAGUAUCCCUAAACUAGGGCGAUCAUUAGAUAACAGAAGAGCCAACGAAUAUAUUGCAGGGAGUUCUUUGGAUAACAACUGAGGGGUGGAGGUGUAACUAAUUAAGUAAGUUGAUGUAACCACAUACUUUUUUUCUUGCCUGAGAAGAAAAAAGCUUAUUUUAAGUGAUAAUCACAUUUAUAGAUAUGAUCCACUGAGUGUUGCUGCUUUACUGGAUUAUUACUGAACAAAGCAUCAUAAAGCAUUUAUAACUAAUUUCCUACAGUCCAUGAACUCUGUGUUUCUGAGAUCUGCAUGUUUAUAUUUAGGUUAUCCUAUGAACUGUUAACAUGUCAUUAUGUCUGAUGUUAUUGUCCGUUUGACUGAACACUUUAUUUUUUACAACAAAAGAAACAGUCUGUUUAAAUUUGACUGCAUUCUAUUAAAGAUGAACAGAAGAAAAUGUUAGUUUUAUACAUAUACUUUUUGUAUGUGUAUAAAUACAGAUUUUUGUAGAUGCGAUUUGUCUUGUGUAGAUUGUGAAUGCACAUUAUCAUAUCUUCUGGUGCACUGUUAAAACAUUAUGGAUUUAGUAGGAUGUUUAUGUUCAGAAUGUAAUAAUAUAAUGCUUAUUUAUAACAUUAAGACAUGGAUUUAUGAGCCUGAUUUUCUAGUAGUAAACAAUGAUUGUCUCAGAACAGCUGCUUAAAGACUUUUUCAUUUCUAAUUUCAAAUCCCCAAAAAUUGCCGAGUGAAAUGCUUAAUUUCAGACACUUCAUUUACUGAAAUGUUUAUUUAAGAUAAUCAUUUUAAGUUACCAAGAUAACGCCGAACAAUUUUAAACUAAAUAAAUUCAAGUUAAGGCUAAAUUAAAUGUAGUCUUGAUGCUGAAAUCUGUAGUUUGGCAAAAAUGAAUAAAAAUCAUAACUCAUUGUCUGCUUAUGAGCAUUAAUGAUCGCUUGAAUUAUCAGUAAAAUUCUGACAUUCUGGGAAAAGUUAGUAAUUGGACUCUUUAAUAAGAUUUUCUUUUUCUUAAUUUGGUGUUAUAUAUUUGGUGUUAACAAUCCACAUGUACCAGCAUAUCUGAGUGAAGAGUGAAACAAUCAGUCAGCUAUGACCAAGUCUUAUGCUCUUCAUUUGUUGUCCAGGGCUCCAGCACAUGAACAUUUUGGUCACAUAUGCAACCAAGCAAUCUGUCAAGGGCAACUUAGCAUUUUCAUUGGUUGCAGUCGUGCACCUGGCAUUUAGCAGGUUGUAGCCACCUAGCCAACAUCAAUAAAUGUGUAUGUAAAGCAGGA